GACACUGUAUCUUGAAUUCAUGAGCUCCGUUGCCGAUAUUGCAGAAGACGUGACCUCAACCAGGGUGGCUCCAACAUUUUUCGCCCUGGUGACAUUGGGUCUCCUAUAUCAGCUAAUCCUUGUGUAUGACACGCUGGCACACCAUAAUAGUAUUCAAGUUCUUGGCUUGAGUAUCUAUUCGGCCACAUUGUGUAUAUACAAUGGCCUGCAAUUGACUCAGGUACGCGACGCAUACGGCAUCUUGUACGAUAAUAGUGCUAUCGACCCGAGCACAGGACAGGUGAUCCUGAACUUGGCAAUCACCAUCAUCGCUGUAACUGCAGUAUCAACCAUAUGGACUAUUUUUAGUGCCUGGAAGUUGUCUGGGGAGUUUGCAUGGAUUAUAUUUCACAAGGUGGAAGCAGACAUUACCAUGCAGCGUAGAUAUGUUUAUUUUGAACUUCUUAUUUCUAUCCUUAAGUUCGAUGGAUUUUAUUUCAUUGGAUUCCUUGUGCAGCUUGUUACCGUGACUACCGUUCGCUCGGAUGCCGAGUUCGCUGCAACCAUAGCUUUUAUUCCCUUCUCGUGCUCUCUCUUAUUUAUCACUGCCUCAGUCGUAAGACAUGAGAGACGAUGGGGAACUAUUAGUGUUUGUGCUCUACAUUGCGCACUAGAAGGGUUUUUCAUCUUCAAGAUUACAAGGUUGUAUAGUCCCGAAACAUUUGGUGAUUAUUUACCAGCUCGACGAUCAUUGAUACUUUUUGGUGUCAUGGCUAUCAUUCUCUCCAAUGCGACCAUGGCAAUGAUAAUCCUAUGCUCCCAGAACUUUCAUCAAGGACUUCGCCCUUAUAUUACGGGCGAAAGGGAAGCAUUUAUGCUCGGAGAGGGCUUUGAAAUGCAGCUUUACGAAGGAUAUUCACCCAUGGAACGUGGUAUUUCUUAAGCCAGUGCGAUCUUGCAUCACAGUGGUUACUAAGGAGAGGUAGCUCGGGGCGAUAGGGGAAAAAUUAGCGAGGGAGAGAAGAGGAUAUGAGAAUAUCAAGUUGCUGCUGCUUUGGCAGCACAGUCAUCAAUAUCUUGUGUUGUAUGUCGAAGGAGGGAUUGUGCAACGAUAUAUCGGUGGGGGAGAACUGUCUAUGG